AUGAACGGAGAAGGGGCUCCAGAAGAGAGGGAGUCAUGUAGUUCACUGGAGGCGCUAAUGGAAGCCGAUCCCCUCGGAGAGCAGCUAACACCGAAUGGUGAAGCCACGACUUCUGAUGAUUUCGCAGAAUCACCUAUGAAAGGUUCAGAGCUUUUUUUCAAACCGAUGAGAAAUCGAAUAAUUUGAAGAAGUUGAUAACUCUGAAUUACCGAUCGAAGAAGAAGAGCAGGGAGAGGAAAAAACGGAGGAAUCUGUUGGGAACGGAGGAAGUCAAGUUCAGAUGGCGGCUCCUACGAGAAAUCUCAAUCGAAUCAUUACUGCGGAUGUUACUCACAAAGUGGUUAGUUGAUUGAGAAAUUUUGGUUCAAAAAAGAAAAAGAAUUUCAGGUCCAACCUGGAGAUGUCAUCGACUAUGAAUGGCCGCCGAAGUCUGGUGACAAAUGGUUCCUGCAGGUUAUUUUUCCAAAUGUAUUAAACAAAAGUUGCUGUCAAUUUUCGAGCUAGAUAAAAUUUAUUCUCAAUAUAUAAAACGGUUAAAAAACUUGACGCCGGGUAAGCGGAUCGAAAAAGAAAUUCUUAACACAAAACUCCGACAAAAAAUCAUUCCAGGAACAAAUCGGCGAAUUGCUGGACAUAAAGUCUUUCUCUCGCAAGUUUCCUGACCUCACACGCCGAAAAGUAACCAUCGAAGAGAGGGAUUUUCUGAUUUCGAUCUUCCGCGUUAACGAUUUGUUGAAUGAGACUCGUGAGUCUGAGGCUUCAAUUUCAUCCGAGAAGAACAUUUUCCUAGAACUUCGAGAUCUAACGGCCAUGCGCUCCGUCGAAAUCCUCGACUUGAUGGCUAACGAUUACGCUCCGAUUUAUCAGGUAUUUUUAAUUAUCUGCACUUCGAUUGUGUUCUAUUCGUCAGGAGUACAAAAAGGCGACAAGUGCGCGGGAAAAGGCUCUGAUGGCGGAGAAAGCGAAAGAAAUGGAAGCAGUAAGUUAAAACGACGAAUUUUAAGGAUUUUUUAAUCAAGAAAACUCAUAUUAUCUCUUUUUGCGCGUCUUUCGAGUUUUACCUCCGCCUAUUUAUAAAGUUCGAUCAAUGGUUAUCUUUUAUUUGUGUUUAAAGAUUCGGAACGACUCUAAAAAACUGGCGGAACUCCGAGAAAAGUCGAUGAAAAGCGCGAUGGAGUUCAACAAGGAGAUGCAACAGGCGCGUCGAGUCGAACGGAAACAGUUUUGGGACAUCCAGACGAAUGUGAGAAUUUUUUCCUUAUCAAAAUGAACAUCAUUUAUUCCUAGAUUCUCCAAUCGCGAGCGACUUUUUGGAAGAAAAUGAAGCCUGAAGCGACGCGACCCCAUCCAUACUCGUGUGCCUUGGUUCAGGGACAGUUCCAGAAUUAUUAUCGGAAGUUCGUUGAAUUUUCAGUAAUAGAGCUUUUUUUAUUCUCAUCAGGCUCGGCUUUAGCGAGACCUCAAAAAAACGGCCGGGCGAGUUAUAAAAAAUUUCAAAAUUUUUUCAAUUAUAAUAUCACGCUUUUUUCGACGAAAAUCAAGUUGUUGACAUUUUUUUUAAACUUAAAAUCGAACAAAAAAACUAUUUCUUCAACAAGUAAAUGAAAAGUUUUCGAUGAAAAAUAUUUCUGAUAAAUUUAAUAAAAAUUUUUUUAAGCCUGGCCCACGCUAGGCUUAUUCGCAAAAUUGAGGCCUGAAGCCCAGCCUGACACAAAAAGCUUGUUUCUCACCAGUUUUUUGUGAGAUAUUCGCGCGACGAGCUGCUGCGUCUGCCGUUGAGCACGAUCGUCGACGGAGAGCAUCUGUAUCCGGUGGAACGCGACCGUUCGCCGCCUCCGAUUCAUCUCACGGAAAAAGACGUCGCCGGUUUGUCUUCUCAAUAUUUCGAUUAUAUUUCUUACUUUUAUUGAUUAACAGACUUCUUUUGAAUAUCUUAAAUGAAAUAAAGUGGCCUUCGUUGCAAAAAUAAAUAAGAAAACAACAAUUUCCGAGUUUGGGGUUUUCUGGGCUUUUUGCAUAUAGCACCAAAAAUAUAUACAUAUAUCAUGAAACUUAUCUGAAGACACAUUUUUUUUUGCAAUGAAACCGUUUGAGAAGCUUCAGCUUCGAACAUUUAUUGAGAUACAUUUUUUUUAAAUAUCAGACCUUACGUUUAUUUUUCUAUUAGAAAACCUAGAACAACAAAAAAAUAAUUUGACAACUUUUUUUCUUAACUUUCAAGAUUCUAAAAAAAUCUCUCUUCUUUUUGAUUUAUAUCUAAUUUCUCGGUUAUAGUUUUCGAAACUUUUUCAUUCACGAAACCUAAUUUUUUUUUUUGGAAUACUACACGGUAGUUAAUAAACGCAGCCGCCUUUCUUUCUUGUUGAAGAAAAAAGAAUAUCUUCUUUUCUCGUUUAUAUGUUGGCUUAAGUAUUUUCUGAGUUAAACUAUCAUUAAUACUUGGUUUUUCAAGCCGCCGGCGGCGCGUCAGAAGGAGCGGGGAUCACUGUGAAGCAGGAGCUGAUGGCGAUGAUGACGCCGAAAACGGAAGUCGUUCGGAAAUCGGUUCGUUUGUCUUUUUCUUUCAUUUUCAUAGAAUGGAAAAAAUGCGUAGCUUCUAGUUAGAAAAUAUGUUAGAUGCCGAGCUUGGACGCAUUUUUUGCCAUUUUGUUCUUUGUGGCAGCCAUGGCGUUUUUCUAACAGUUUUGGAUAGAAAUCGCUCUGUUCAUUGUGAGUAUUUGUUGGAAGUAUGUUUUUAACACCGCUAAUCAUGAAGAUAACUUAAUUGUAUGGGUCUUGUAAACGUCAUGGCUGUUUUAGGUGCGUUCAAGCUCGCGACGCGCGCCCCCAGCCAACGUCUUCGUUGAUGAGGAAAGCGAAGAAGAUUUCGACGAAGAUUUUUGAUAUUUUAUUCUUCAAAGAAACAAAGUGUAAUUUUAACUCAGUGAAGGUAUAUAUUUGUAAAGAAUCUCUUCUUGUAUCCAAUUUUUGUAAAUAAUUGUCCAUCAGAUAUAUCCUGCCCUCAAAUCGACAUUCAUUAAUCGCUUUUCUUGUUGAAUAAGUAAUAAUAAAUUCGUUGAAAAAGCUCGUUUUGAACUUUUUCGUAAAAGUUCGAUCAAUCUUUUCAAUUGUACGGCCUAAUCCGCGCCAGCUUUUCACGUAUAACGAAAAUUUUCAAGUCAAAUAAAAGGCGCAUUCACAGAGACAAAAAGAGCGGGAUCUGUAGCUCGGGGGAGAAAGAAACUUAUGACAGAGUUGCGGGGCGUCGGCUACUAAUUGCUGCGAUGAGAAAAUUCUAUUGACUUCUCAAAGUUUUUGAAGAAGAAUAAGUUGAUCAAGUUUCGUGAGCUUCUUCUUUUUUCUCUCUUUUCGAAUUUAUUUUUAAUGAAGCUCUAAAUCAACGGUAUAACUUAUUCACGGCUGGAUUGAGCCAUCGAAAAACGGGUCCUGACACGAUAAUGCACGAGAUAGCGCCUGGCUCGUGGAGAGCGCAGACAGGACACGCCCCCUUAGCGUCCCAAGCUGGCCGUGAAUGGUGUUGUGUCGGGCGAUCGUGUCUCAAGUAAACAGAAAGUGAAAUAAUUUUUUUUUAAGAGCACGACGACGUUAACGAAAGUCAGUACGUGUGAAAUUUGCUCGGAGACGGACGAAGAACCGUUUAUAAGGUAUCUUGAGGUUGUGAGAACUGAAGAAAUGCGGAAUAUUCAGCUGCGCAGCGUGUGGCGCGAACUCCCACACGGACUGCCUCGAAAUGACGGACGAAAUGCUCGAAGUGGUCAAGACGUACGCGUGGAACUGCGUCGACUGCAGGAAAUGCACUCUGUGUCACAAACCCGACAAGGAGGUCCGCUUUCUCAAAAAUUCCUCGUGCUCUUCUCCAGGCUCCGAAGAACUCUCUUUUUGCAGGAACAUAUUAUGUUCUGCGAUCGUUGCGAUCGCGGUUAUCAUACCUUCUGUGUGGGUGUGAAGGAAGCGCCCCAAGGGAAGUGGAUCUGCACAACUCAUUGCAAUGUCCCCGAAGUGGGUGCUUUUUCGUUCUUUUGUUGUUCAAGGGGCGAAUUUCAGAAAAAGACGCCGACGCGACCGAUUCGCAACAGCAUGAGCCGACGCGGAUCUGCAGUUGUUCUGCAGAAAUAA